AUAUUUUUUUGUUUCCUGCUCGGCUCCAGCCACUCGUUUCACUUUGAGAGCGAUAGCUUGGAUCACUGUGUCGGAGUCUGGGGUCUUUGUCUGUGUCAUUCAGUGAGUUGCAGAGAGAGCACAGUCAACAGAGCUGCAGGAUGGCUCAUCAGCUGAACGGACUGUUUCCUCAGUCACUGCUCAAAGCUUUCAGUGUUCUGAUCUUCAUCAUUCUCCUGAAGGAUGUCUGUAAUGGUCAGCCUCAGUUGAUUGGUCCAUCUCAGGUCCUGGUGGCAAGAGCUGGUGAGGAUGUCAUUUUGCCAUGUCAUCUGGAACCUGCAUCUGAUGUUUCUGCAAUGACACUGGAGUGGACAAGCUCUUCGCUUGACACUAAAUUUGUCUACGUUUCACGUGGCAGUCAGGAAAUCGAAACACUAAAAAAUCCUUCUUUCAAAGGAAGGACGUCAGUGUUUGUUGAUGAACACAAGCAUGGAAAUAUUUCACUGAGAAUCUCCAAAGUGAAAUUUAAUGAUACAGGGACAUACAGAUGCUAUAUUCCAGAGAUGAAAAAAGAUGCUUUCGUUGAGCUAGUUGUUGCAUCAGAUACUGCCACCUCACCUGUCAUCACUUUAUCAGGGAUUGACAAAAACAGAGGAGGAGUGGUGUUACAGUGUGAGUCUGCAGGCUGGUAUCCAGAGCCUGAGCUGCUGUGGUUGGACGGUGAGGGAAACCUCCUCUCUGCUGGACCUACAGAGACCCUCAGAGGUCCUGAUGACCUCUAUACUGUCAGCAGCAGAGUGACUGUGGAGAAGAGACACAGCAACAACAUCACCUGCAGAGUCCAACAGAGGAAAAUCAGCCAGAGCAGAGAGACACACAUACAUGUUCCAGAAGAUUUCUUUGAGAUCCCGUCCAGUUCUUCUGCUGUCAUCACUGGGUUGGCUAUUUACUGA